UCUCUCUCUCUCUCUCUCUCUCUCUCUCUCUCUCUCUCUCUCUCUCUCUCUCUCUCAUCACCAACGUCCCUUCCGAUUCUCAAUUUGCUUCAACUCAUUCAACCUUCGCAGCUCCAUAUUUCAAUCCAAGUUUUGGAUUGCUUAGUUUAAGCAAGUGCAUGCAGUAGUGUAGUUUUGUUAUUGAAUGGCAUCCUCUGAUGGUAGAGUUGCGUAUGCUUCACUCUCUAAGCUAGAACUAGAAAAAGAGAAAAACCAAUUUGGUUUUGAUGCUAUGAAUCGUCAUGUCGAGUCUACUUGGUCUGAGCCGGAGCCGGAAUCUGGCAUCGCUAAUGGCCCAUUAGCCUCAAACCAAGAGAUAUCAUAUGAUUCAUAUCAGUUUCCUUAUGAGGAUGAUGAAUUGUUGGAUGGAGGUUAUGAGUCAAAUGAUGAGGCUCGGGGUAUCACCCGUUCUAACAUCCCUCCUGAGGUGAAUUUGAAGAAUGUGCUUUCUGGGAUUUUUUCUAUUUUGACUGGACAAAACAAGGCUCCAAGGAUUGAUGUAAAUCAGCAGUUGCCGAGUUCAAAUUUAUCGUUUCUUGGCUCUGGGAAGAAUGGAGAUGUUUUCCUGGAGUCUUCUGUGUACACACCGAGUGCACCACCACUUUGUUUGCCAAAUGGGGCUGAAUAUAGUUCCUACAAGGAUGUCCUUGAAGCUGAACCACCUGAGUGGCUUCCUGACAGUUCUACUACUGUUUGUAUGCAGUGUUCUGCUCCGUUUACUGCUCUUACACGGGGAAGACAUCAUUGCCGGUUUUGUGGAGGGAUUUUCUGUCGAAUAUGUACCAAGGGGAGGUGCUUAAUGCCGGUUAGGUUCAGGGAAAGGAAUCCUCAGAGGGUUUGCGAUUCCUGCUAUGAUAGGCUUGAUCCUUUACAGGGCGUUCUUAUCAACACCAUAAGCAAUUCUGUGCAGGCAGCUAAGCAUGAUGUCAUGGAUUGGACUUGUGCUAGAGGGUGGCUUAAUCUUCCCAUUGGUGUAUCCAUGGAGCAUGAGAUAUAUAAAGCAUCCAAUACAUUGAGAAACUACUGUCAGGUGGCCAAAUCCAAUCCUGAGAAGUCCAUCCCGUUAUCUGUUCUCAAAAGUGCCCAAGGUCUAGCAAUUCUAACGGUUGUCAAAGCUGGUGCGCUGGUCUCUUACAAAGUGGGUACUGGUUUGGUUAUUGCUCGAAGAUAUGAUGGAUCAUGGUCUGCACCAUCAGCUAUACUCUCCUUGGGUUUAGGAUGGGGUGCUCAGAUUGGUGGUGAACUUAUGGAUUUUAUAAUUGUUCUUCAUGAUACGAAAGCUGUGAAGACGUUCUGCAGUCGCAUGCAUUUUUCUCUUGGUGCUGGUUGUAGUGUUGCAGCAGGGCCUGUUGGGAGAGUCGUUGAGGCAGAUCUUCGUGCUGGUGACAAGGGCUCUGGCAUGUGUUACACUUACAGUUGCAGUAAAGGCGCAUUUGUAGGAGUGUCACUGGAAGGGAAUAUAGUUGCAACCAGGAUGGAUGCCAAUCUGCGGUUUUAUGGCGAUCCUUAUCUCACCACAACUGACAUUCUACAAGGCAUGGUGGACAGACCAAAGGCAGCUCAGCCAUUAUACAACAGUCUUCAUGAUUUAUAUUCCAGUUUACGCCACUAGUCCCUCUGGUUUCAGUUGCAGAAUUGAACCUUUCAUUGUAUAUACAGUUCUUUGCUUGCUCAUGUAUGGAGUUAUGAAAUGCUAUUCCGCUUACUGAUUUGAAAUCCUUAUUUUUAUUAAUGGUUUAUUGUUUUUGCGUUAUAUAAUUAUUUUCAAUAGUGUAAAGUAUUCAAUAACAUCUAUAUUGUGAAUAUUUGAUUAGACUUAAUUGUACAUACAUACUACAUAAACAGACGGUAGAACAAGUUAUAUUUGUUCGCUGAAUUCUAAUAGUAAUAUCCUUGCUGAGGGGGUUUUAUGGA